AUGCUAUCAGCUCAGCCGAAAGUUUACAAAGAGCCAGAAAGAAAUACCUUUCGGAACAUAUUUGGUGAAAACGAAGAAGACUAUGAAACCCCACUGGAAAGAUUGAGAAAUUCAAACACACCAUUUGCAGUUAAAUAUGAGACGAAACCAAAGUCUGAGCUAAGGAUUCGAAUCGAGGAACUUAGAAAGCAACUUCUCGCUGUCAUUGAUACUUCCUUUAAGAAUCCGCGUGAAAGAGCUAUCAGUGCUAAAGAGCGCGAUCGUUUGCUACGAUCCAUCGAGCGCUUAGAGGCUCAAGAGAAAAGAGAGAAAGACAAUGCACUACGAGCUACUGGAAACCUCCCCGAGCCCAUCUCCGAAUUUGAAAAAAGACAACAACGAAAAGAAUCAGAAUUAGUAAAGAAUGCCCUAGCGGGGAAAGAAAAAGCCAAAUUCCUAAUCAAACGUCCCUUUCGUCCACUCGACGACGAUCCAGAUGGCGAAACUCGAAAAAUGUUAGGACUGCCAUUGAGAAGACGCAAGCUCAAGAAAACGGGCAAAUGGGCAGGUGAGCUUUGCUAUGUAGUUCCGGAGUUGAGGUACAAGGAUUAUGGAGUUGAAACUUUGAAGGAAAUUUUGUUGUGCGGGGCGGAUGAGGAGCAAGAAGGAUGGUUGGGAAAGUGGUUUAGUAGAUUGGAUAUGAAUAAUACUACAGGUGGUCCAGUGAGAGGUUCUGCAAAGAAGAGAAUCAGAUCAAAUGGAAGCGGAUGUAUUAUAUCAGUUAUAACUGAGGCUAGAAGAAUGAAACAAUCACCAAAAUCUAAGCGUCGAGAAGUUUUCUCAACAGUGCAGGAGACCUCUACAUCACGACAGUUGAAGAGUCUAAUCGAAGUCACCGAAAUUGAACAAAGAAGUCUACAAGCAGAAAUUUACGAUCACUUAGCAAAGUCUCGAGAAGAGAAGCUAGUUGCACAAUCACAGAGAAGAGUUUUUGGAGAGAAGAAACAAAUCAUCUACAAUCUCAAAGAAGCCUUGAAGCUAUCACAUAGAAUUCAUCCUGCGAUGGUCAAAGCUAAAAAAUGGCAAUCUGAAGAGGUUGCUAUGUUGAAGGAAAUUUGUAGCCGCCAGGAACAUGUUCAUAAAGGUGGACAACAUAAUCCAUUCUGGGAGAAGGUCGCCGAUGAAUUGAUACUAUAUGGAUUCGAUCGUCAAGCACAUGCCAUUUAUUUUAAAUGGAUGCGUUUGAAUCAACCACCUAAACCGAAAUCGUCGAAGAAAGGUCCACCCAGUCCUUGGGACUGCAGUGAUACGGAGGAUGAAGAAAGAGGCGAAGAGGAAAUUGAAGACUAUGAGGGAGAGGCCGAUACUAAAAGUGAUAUUUUGCUCCAAAUUGGGUCCAGAGACGAUACUUCUAAACCUUGGGCGACAGGAAGCAACUGGUCGGAUGAAGAGACGUGUCAUGCUGCCCCUUGGCAUUCGAUUCCUGAAUCCUCAACCGAAGAAUAUUUCCAGCAGAAUAAUUCGAAGGCUGAGACGGAUCUGGGAGAUGUACAAGCCCAGGUUUCAUCUCAGCAGCAUGAUCUGCUGACGAUUGAGUAUGCAAAAUACAAUCACCUAGACAAUCCCGUGGUGAACAAGUUGAUAGAGGAUACUGGUUUGAGCAGAGAGCAGAUCAAGUUGUGGUAUAGAAAUCAGAGAGCUAUAGAUGCGAAAGAAGCAGACCUUCAGAAGGAAGUUAAGUCACGGACCGAAAAAGAACUAUCUGCUCCCAUUCUUGAUGAGCCGGAGAUUCAAAGCAUGGGAUUGAAGCGUUAUCGCGUGUCAGACAUUGGCUAUCAUCGUCAAGAAGAAGAAGAACCAGCCAAAAGAGACAAACCCGAGACCUUUGGUUGUCGCUCAAUUAUACCAGAAUCGAAUGAAUCUUCAGCAAAUGAUGUUGCAAUUUCAAGUAUCGGAGUCCAACAAUCUUUCCUCAAACCUGCAACACAAAGAAACAUUCCGGAGAGUACAUCUGAUGUGAUCACCGUUAUGAAAGCAAAUCGAGAAUUGGAACAACAAAAAGUACACGCAGCUGAGGAGGAAUACAAACAAUUGGAACUCGCUAUAAUCGCUCACAAUAAAAGAGCAGAUCUGGAGCUUAAGGCUGCAAAUGCAAAAGAACGGGAGCUUACAGUCCAACGAGAGAUUCGCGAGAAAGCCACGAAGCGUAUUGCGAUGAUUGAAAGCUUCCUCGACGACUACUAA